CUUCUCCUCGGGGAACAGGAGCUCCCUUGCAUCCCGACCAAAGAUGUCCUGCUACGACCUGUGCCCGCCCAAGGCCGAGCUGUGCCCGCCCCGAGCCAGCGUGGCCGUGCCCCAGCCCAUCGCCGAGAGCUGCAACGAGCUGUGUGCCCGCCAGUGCCCCGACUCCACGGCCUUCAUCCAGCCGCCCCCCGUCGUCGUCACCUUCCCCGGCCCCAUCCUCAGCUCCUUCCCCCAGCAGGCCGUGGUUGGCUCCUCCGGAGCUCCUGCCUUUGGCGGCUCCCUGGGGCUGGGAGGCCUCUACGGCGCCGGCGCCACCCAGGGCUCGGGGGGGCUCUGCACCUUCCCCAGAGCUGCUCCUGCCUGCAGCCCCUGCCUGCUGCCUCGCUACACCAGGAAGCUCUGGGACACCUGCGGGCCCUGCUAG